AAGAAUAUCGCUUAUGUAUUUAGUGCCGCAUUAUACACUUAGCGGGGUUUCAUGUCCUAACGAAGUUUUUUUUUUGAGAAAUUUUCAUGAUUCCUGGCAAAGGAAAUAUAAUUUUUAAUAUUUUGGAAUAAUCGCAUAAUUAACCAUGUCGUGAUGUUUGGUCAAAAUUCACAAUCACUACGACAACCGCCGAACUCCUCCUUCUACAUCAGGGACAUUCUAGGACCUGAUUCCAGGCCCAUUGGGACGGCGGAAAAGUUCCCGGAAUAUGAGCACCUCCACAGGGACCAGUCCAUGACCACUUACCCCCCGGGCCCUUACCCUAGUCACGUGAUGCAGCAUCAACCCCUGGUCCCCUCCUCCAGGGCACAUUCUCUGGCCUACAGAGGUAAUUUAGGCUUUCCUAUGGAAUCGUUACUGGACCUGCAGGACACGAGCUCUCUACCGAUUCCGCUUCCGGUCUACAUCCGAUCCCGCUCCCCCGGGGAGACCGCGGGAUUCCUGAAACCCAAGAAGUGCCGGCGGAGUCGUACGGUGUUUACCGAGCUGCAGCUGAUAGGUCUGGAGAAGAGGUUCGAGUCCCAGAAGUACCUGUCCACACCUGACCGGCUAGAGCUGGCCGACUCCCUCGGGCUGUCACAGGUCCAGGUCAAAACCUGGUAUCAGAACCGACGCAUGAAGUGGAAAAAAGCCUCUAAGCAGCGAGUAAUUGUCUGA